UCGAGUGGAGAGGCGCAGUCCAUUGCAUUCCUCGAUUGCCUACGAAGCGGGAUCAUGCGUCGGAUUGAGGAAAUGGAACCGUCACCUGCGGUGCGUGCGCGGCAGAUGAUGGCAGCAGAAGGAAUAAGAUCGAGCGCAAGCUCAGGCUCGCAGUCCAGCUCCAGGAGGAGUGCACGUUCGAGCUCUGGCAGUAGCCGUGUAGCGGAUGAGGAAUGGGAACUGCUGCAGCAGUCCAGCGCAGGUGUGAGAAUGGUGAACCAGUGGGGAUCUGCAAAUCGAAGUCGAAGUGAUUGGCCACCGGUAAAUGCAAGGGACAUCAAAGCAGAGGCGAGGUCAAUCCGAAUGUCUUCCGGGAGGGGUAUCUCUAGCCAAGGAGUAAGAGUGCUUGAUGAUGAGGGCCCCCUUGCUGGCCUGGAUGGUUUCUAUAUAGGCGAGCUCUUUGUGACGGAGAAAACUAUUGGCUAUGGCAGCCAUGGCACCGUAGUUCAUGAAGGCUACGUACGUGAUGGUACUCCUGUGGCGGAGGCGAAGAAGAAGCAAAUGGAAGAAGAAAUGGAAAGGUGGAAGGAGCAGGAGGAGAAGAUGGCAGCAAUAGAGGCUGAAGUAGAGGAAGAAGUGGAAGUCAAAGAAGAGCUGCUGCUAGAGAGGAGGAGGGGAGAGGCGAGUACAAGCCAGGCGGCACAAGACGAGGUGGAGAAGGCAAUUGACGAAUGGGUAGCACAUGUGGAGCUGGGGGAAGAUAGAGAAGUCGAGUUGAUAAUAACCUCGGAAGAGAGAGAAGUUGGAGACAGAGAGGGACCCCUUGAUGAGAAGGCCUAUAGAGCAAGAAAAACAGUUGGUGUGGAGAUUGCGCCUAAACCAAGAGAGUCGGACGUUUGGAAGCGGCAGAAAGGACAGAAAGGGACCUAAGAGCGGCAAAGACUAGAAUGGGAAAAAUCAGGGAAGAGAUCGAGAUAGGAACUUAACUCGAUACCCUGAUUCGU